AUGAGGAGUGGGGGGGAGACGCCCCCCCCUGAGCGGGCCGGCCUGGUGAAGUCAUGGUACGGCUAUGGGGCCCUAGCUGAGGAGGAGGAGUCCACUGCCUCUGCAUCUCCUGCACAACAGGCCAAAGAUCGGAUCAAAUGGCGAUCAAGCUUGGCUCUUGGUUCGAUCCUCAGUCGCUGGUCGAGGUCGAGGAUAGACCUUGGCAGUACCGAAGGCAUGAGGAAGUGCCAUACAGUACUGACCCUAUCUCAAGAGCCUAUGAAACCUGUAAACAGGCUCAGGCAUGGCAACUUUGUUUGUUCAAGAUGUUCCUCUCUCUUAUCGAUGGCCUCAUCGUCCAAAUACUCAAUCACAGCAGAGGGGAACUAUGUGCAGGUUGGAAAGCCUGAACCUGCUCCUACAAAAAUAUUAUGCAAGCUCUGCCUCUCUCAGGUGAACCUGCCAUCGACCUGGACUCUUCAAUGUGGCUGCACCUUUUGUACUGAGUGCAUGAGGGCAUAUGUUGAGUUUGAAAUUGCUGAAGGUGCAUAUGAGAUCUCAUGCCCUGAUGCAUUAUGUGAGGCCCGUGGAGUCCUGUCGCUUCAGGAAAUUGAGAAUCUAGUCAAUCCUGAUACUAUGGAGAAGCAUAAAAAGUUUAGGAGAAAUAGAGAAGUGGACCAGGAUGUACGGUUGGCCUGGUGCCCAUCAGCUGGCUGCGAAACCGUUUGUUCCGUCUCACCGGGUCCCUCCAGAGUGUCAUGUCCAACCUGUCGACAGGAGUUCUGUUCACUGUGCCGUGGCCCCUGGCAUCCAUCUGGCCCUUGUCCACAGGCCAUUCCUGGUCCUCCUGGCAUUCCCUUUGACUCAGAACUCAUCAAAUGCUGUCCCAUGUGUGCUGUACCCAUUGAGAAGGAUGAGGGCUGUGCACAGAUGAUGUGUAAAAGGUGUAAGCAUGUCUUCUGCUGGUACUGCCUUGCUUCUCUUGAUGAUGAUUUUCUGUUGCGGCAUUAUGACAAAGGACCAUGCAAAAACAAACUUGGUCAUUCAAGAGCCUCAGUAAUUUGGCAUAGAACACAGGUCAUUGGUAUUUUUGCAGGAUUUGGAAUACUUCUUCUCGUUGCUUCCCCUUUAUUGUUAUUGGCGGCACCCUGCAUUGUCUGUUGUAAAUGCCGUGUCUGUACAGGAGGACCCAAACUUAAUCCUGAAGAUGAGGAGUCUGGUUUUUGA